AUGAUCACCAAGAACCACAAAGGAGACCUGGGCCUUUGGCUUCCAGAAAAAAAGAAGAAGAAGGUAGAACCAGAGACUCAGUACUUGUUUUUGAGCGGUAACAAUUAUUACACUGAGGUCUGUCCCACCACAGCCAUGUCAUCCACGAAGAAUGUGAUCCAAGGGCGGGCACGCGAGACCCCUCUAGUGAAGAAAAAGAAGAAGAAAAAGAAGGAGCACAGCACCGUCUGUGAGGAGCACCUAGAACCUGAGACCACAUUCCGUGCCAGGCAGACAGAGAAGUCUCCCAGCCCCAGGACACAGGCUCUUGGUCCAUCCGAGUUCCUCAAUGGGGAGAAGAAAAAGAAGAGGAAGUCCUCAUGGCCUCUGGCCCUGUCCCCUGGUGUGAGGGAGAAGACCUCCCUGGACCCCAGACAGGUCGAGGAAGUGACCGGAGUUGGCAGGAAGCUCAAAAAACACAGGGAGAAAAAGGCCCUGGAGGCAGCAGCCUUCUUAGUCGGGGACCCUUGGGUCUCUGAGGCUCGGGACACCCUGCACAUGUGCUCAGUGGGAAAGGAUGACCAGGAACAGGCAGCCUUGGUGCAGAAAAGGCAGCAGGGGGUGCCCAGGGAACACGUGAACAAGAAGAAGAAAAAGAAAACCCACCAGGAGGAAGACGCCCCCCUUGGCCAUCCCAAGCCCGCCGGGUCCACGGAGAGCAGCCUUAGGAAAAGAUGUGCGAAGAAGCCAGUCAAAGGUGAGGCUUCAGAAUAUAUCUCCGAAGGAGACAGCCUCAAGGCCCCUGCGAGGAAGAAAACGAAGCCCACUAAAAAGGCUGAGACGCCAGGCACUGAGGAGCCAGCUCUGAAGAGGAAGAAGAAGAAGAAGAAGGACAAAGUAGCAGAACUUUGGAAGGAGGAGCCUGACACAGACUUAGAGGUGGUGCUGGAGAAGAAAGGCAACGUGGACGAGGCGCACAUAGACCAGGUGAGGCGAAAGGCCUUGCAGGAAGAAAUUGAUCGUGAGUCAGGCAAAACGGAAGCAUCUGGAACUCAGACAUGGACAGGAACUCAGUUUGGCCAGUGGGAUACUGCUGGUUUUGAAAAUGAGGACCAGAAGCUGAAAUUUCUCAAACUUAUGGGCGGCUUUAAAAAUCUGUCCCCUUCAUUCGGCCGCACCCCUGACACAACCAGGAGGCCCAACAUGGCGCUGGACAGGCUGGCGGCCCACAGCCUGCAGCAGAGCCUGCAGCGGGACUGCGCGCGGGCGCUGGCCCGGAAGCAAGGCGGGCGCGCUGGCCUUGGCUUCGCCACCGCAGACAAAGUCUUCCAUAUCGAUGGGAGCGCUUCCAAGUCCACCAAGUUCGAAGACUAA